CCCGCCCCUGGGCCAUCUCCCUGUAGAUCCGCCCCGACCCCCAUAAACAUGCCAGGGUACCUCGCCCAGGCCGCUCGGGGAGGGGCGAGAGGGGGAGGCUAGGGAGCACACUGCGGGAGAUGCUCGCAGGCUCUCCUCCGGUUGCUCCCCACGACCUCGAGCCCCGUGAAGUGGGGUUGUGCGUGGGGACCCCAUAAGCCUCCAAAUGACCCCCACGCCCUUCCUCAGCGGCGCCCCCUACUGUGACCUGGCUCUGCCAGGCUCACUUUUGGCUCUCUUCCUAGCCCCCCCAGAUUGAGUGGCGGCCACGGAUCGAGCGGGGAGGCCAACCCAAGGUGCCCACGUCCCAAGAUUUCAGCUCCGCCCGCCCGGAAGCAGAGAGCUAGGCCAAGGAAGGGGGAGGUGGGCGAGGGCCACCGCUCAGACCCGGUCUCCAGGCAGGUCUGUUGGAAAGAAGGAGAGGCCAAGAGGGAGGAGGAGGAGACCUGGGUAGGCUCAAAUCCAGCUUUCAAAAAAACACCCUAGACCUAAAGAGCUUCCUAUACCCCCAAAUGGAGCCUCAAGUUUUCAUCUGCUCUUUUCUUCUGCUCCCUUCCCCCACCUGCAGUCACCAUGGCCUCAGAAGCAGAAAAAACAUUCCACCGGUUUGCUGUCUUCGGAGACACAUCCAGCAGCGGCACCGAAAUUACCAACAAGAACUUCUCCAAACUCUGUAAAGACUGCGGCAUCAUGGAUGGCAAGGCGGUGACCUCCACAGAUGUGGACAUUGUGUUCAGCAAAGUGAAGGCCAAGAAUGCCAGAACCAUCAACUUUCAGCAGUUUCAAGAGGCGAUGAAGGAGCUGGGCCAAAAGCGCUUCAAGGGGAAGAGCCUAGAUGAGGCUUUGGAAAAUAUUUAUAAACUCAUGGAAGGCAAGGACCCCGCCACCACUGGUGUUACUAAAGCAACAACAGUGGGCGGCGUCGACCGGUUGACAGACACCAGUAAGUACACUGGAACCCACAAGGAGCGCUUUGACGAGAGCGGCAAAGGGAAGGGCAUCGAAGGACGGGAAGAGACCACGGACAACUCAGGCUAUGUGAGCGGCUACAAGGGGGCCGGCACCUAUGACCAAAAAAGCAAGUAGAGAGGAGCCGUCUUCACCUGCUAGUUUCCUGACUCUGGGUUCUUCACACCAGGAACCCUAGGAGAUAAUAAACUUCGUGUGUGCAGCA